AUGGGUAUGCGAUUGCCAGAUGAGUGGCUUUUCUGUCAUUGUGGCAAUGAAAUUUCACCUGAUGCUUUGAAAGUUCUUACAGAUAGUGGGCCAGAUGACAACCUUUGCCCGGAUCAUGUUUUCACUGGGCUGUUGGAGUGCUUGCCCCAAGACCAUCGUGACCGACUUCUCAGCAUGCGCCCGCCGAAGCGGGCCAGCCGCUCUGCAGCAGCUGCCUGCUACAGCGCGCAGAGGGCAUAUAUGACUGCUUUGGAAAGUGAGCUGUUCACGGCGGGUGCCUCUGCAAAGUGUUGCAAACUGCACCCGGGUGAGUCUUGUCCCCUGUUCUGGAGCCCGUCAAUGUCGAUGGACAAUGAGCAGACGCGACCGUUGAAGAUGAACUUUUCAGGUCCAAUGUGCACGCCGUGGACGAGCCAAGGCCCGCAGUUGGGGGACGCCGACCCUGCGAUGGAAUCCUGGAAUUGCUGGAUCAAGAAAAUGAAGCACUCCGAGCUCGAUCUCAUCUUCAUGGAGAAUUCCGCUCGGUUUCCCUUCGCUCUCUUCGCAGACGAGCUGUCCCAAGUCGGUUACCUGUGCAUUUAUGUCAUUUUCGACGCACAGGACCUGAGCAUUUGCCGGUUGCAGCCGGCAGCGCUCCAAGCCUCCAUUACUGACCUCGGGCUACCUGUCACACGUGACAGGCUUUAUGCUGUGGCAAUCAACCAGCGGUCUCUCGUGUGGCUUGGGCCCGCUUCAUCUCCAUGUGUGACAGCAGACUUCCUGAACUUGCUACGAAAAGCCCCAGCCUUGAAUGGGGAUGUGUAUGCAGGCAUGGACUUGCCUGAGAACAUUGCUGAUCUUCGCGCUGAGUUUGCUAAGAAGCGCGGAUGCUUCUCAAAUUUUGAGGACGUGCCCUUCAAGUCCCUGUUCCCUCCAGCCACCUGGUCAAGGAUGCAAGCUGGUGUCGAGAAGGCUCAGAAGAAGGAGAGUGGGCCGGGUGGCAACGCCAUCAUCGUGGAUGUUACUCAAAGUGAGACGCGACCACGUGUGAGCUCAUUGCUUCCGCCAUCCACCAAAUCUUCCCAGCUCGUGUCCGCAACUCGGGAACACAUCUUCACUGCCAGCGAGGUCGACUUUGCUAUGGGCUGGCCUACGCUCCUUAUGGGAGACAGUCACAAGUACAUGAGCGUGCUGCCGACUUGCUUGAAGGAGCUGUCAAGCAACGUUCGCAAAAAGCUGGCUGGAAAUGGAAUGUGCUUGCAGCAGGCCUUAUGCAACGUGACGCCAAUUGGAAACCAGGGUGAAAGGGCAGCUGUGCAUAGCGAGGAGGAGGCAUCGAUUUGGCGUUGGGCGGUUAGCGCAAGACUCUGGUGGGACCUCUGCAGGUCCAUUGCGGCUUUUGCUACUUUGAGGAGGUUUCGGUCCUUGCUGCACUUCCUCUACGCCGGGGACGACAUGCUCAGCAGCCUGGCUCCGCACACAGCCAUGUACCUGGUUGAUGCUGCGUCGUUCUACGGGCUCACGAACCAACGUCUGAAGCACUUCUGCGAGCUCUCGGUGAAGGACUCCUUUAACGAGGCCCACGUGCUGCAGCUCUUUGAGGCUUCUAGCCGCCUCAAUGUCGAGGGCACGCAGGCUGUGAGAGCUAUGGCCUUGGACUUCAUAAUCUCCAACUUCCACACCGUUUGUCAGCAACCGGCCCUGGAACAGCUGGACAAGUCGCUGCUCAUCGAGAUCUUGCGAGGAGUGGCGGAGCGGCUACAAAACACCCUGCAGCCACCAGCGCAGCAGGUCGGCUGA